AUGAGUUAAUCUUAUAAAGAGUAUUGGAAGAUGUUAAUGGAAGAUCAAAGAAAAGUUUAAUCAAUUUGUGGAACUAUAGAACUCACAUUCUAAUUUACAAAUGAAAAUGAACUAUAAUAUAAUGUGGAGGAUUGCCAGAUAGAAUAUGAUUAAUUAUUAGAAGAUGAAAUGUAGAAUUAUGAUGGUCCAGAUGAUUUGAAUAUUAAUUAUUAUUAUUCUAAUGAAAAAGGAGAAGAAGUAAAAAUAAAUAUAGAAAACUAUGAGAUAGAUGAUAUUUCAGACCUUAAUGAUUAAAAUGAUUCAUUAGAAGAAGGUAAUUCAUUAUUUGAUGUUUCAUGUAUAAUGAUAAGUCCAAAUCAUUAAUUUAUUUUAAUAUGUGUAAAUGUUUAAAUUUUAAGAAAAAAAGAAUCACAAAGACUUAUAAUUAUAGAUAUUUACAAUCAUAAGAUAUAAAAAUUAUUUUAUAGAUCUAAUUUUUUAGGAGAUACAAAUCCAUAAUUCUCUAAAGAUGGUAAUUUGGCAUUAAUAAAUAUUACAAAUGAUACUGAAUAAUCAAUAUCAAAAUGUUUGUUUUUGGAUCUUAAAAAUAGAAUUUAUAAAGUUUUAUACUUUUAAACUAAUUAACCUAUUUUAAGAAUAGAAUAUGAUGAUUAAUCUAAUUGUUUUUUUUAUAUGACACAUUUAGGUACAAUAUAUUAAUAACCAUUUAAUUUUGAAAAUUACAAUAUCGAUAAAUCAAAAAGAAAGAAAUAUAAAAUUAAUUCAAAAUUCUAUUAAUUUCUUGAAAAUCAUGAUACUCAACUUUAUAUACUUGUUGAUUAUUUAGCAUUAAUUGUUAAUUAAAAAGGUUAAUAUAUUAUAACCAGAAUAAAAAAGAAUUGUAAAAUUAUAAAAAAUUACAUUUUUGAAAAUUAUUAUCCAAAAUUCAUAUCUAAAAAGCCUGUUUAUGUUGUGGUAGCAGAUCCUAAAGAACAAACAUUUCUUUUAAUUAAUAUAUCAAUAGGAAAAUUAAUCAGAAAGAAACAUCUUACUUAGUAAUUUUAAAAGUCUAAUUAUUAUUAUGAUUCAUAAAAUCAAUCUUAUCAUUUUUCAUAUUAAAUUAAUUGUCUAACAUAAGGGCAAGGUGAUAAUGAAGAUAAUAUUAACUAAGAAUAAAGAAGAAAAUGGAUGAUUUUUGAUUUUAUUAGAGGAAUUUAAAAAUANAAAUUAAUAAAAAUUUUUAAUCUAAAAGUCAAGAUUUAGUUAAUAAUAUUCAUUAACGUUAUCAGAAAUUUAUUAGGUUCCAAAAUUUUUUCAGCUCUUGACUCAACGAUUAAUUCAGUUAUUCAUAAAAUAGCUUCAUAAUCCAUUUUUUAAUCAUAUAAGAAGUAUCGUGUUAAUGCUCUUUAUCCAAACUAACCAAAUAAACAUUUCAAAAUAUAUAAUUUUUAAACUCUGACUUUAGUUAUAUUUGAACUCACAUUCUAAUUUUCAAAUGAAAAUGAACGAUAAUAUAAUGUGGAGAAUUGCCAGAUAGAAUAUCUUUUAUUAUUAGAAGAUGAAAUGUAGAAUGUUGAUGGUCCAGAUGAUUUGAAUAUUAAUUAUUAUUAUUCUAAUGAAAAAGGAGAAGAAGUAAAAAUAGAUAUAGAAAACUAUGAGAUAGAUGAUAUUUCAGACCUUAAUAAUUAAAAUGAUUCAUUAGAAGAAGGUAAUUCAUUAUUUGAUGAUUCAUGUGUAAUGAUAAGUCCAAAUCAUUAUUUUAUUUUAAUAAAUGUAAAUGUUGAAAUUUUAAGAAAAAAAGAAUUACAAAGACUUAUUAUUAUUGAUGUUUAUAAUCAUAAGAUAUAAAAAUUAUUUGAUAGAUCUAAUUUUUUAGGAGAUACAAAUCCAUAACUCUCUAUAGAUGGUAAUUUUGCAUUAAUAAAUUAAAAAUGAUAGUGAAUAAUCAAUAUCAAAAUGGUUGUUUUGGGAUCUUAAAAAUAGAAUUUUAACAGUUUUAUACUUUUCAACUAAUUAACCAAUGUUAAGAAUAGAAUAUGAUGAUUAUUCAAAUUUUUUUUUUAUAUGACACAUUUAGAUACAAUAUAUUAAUAAUCAUUUAAUUUUAAAAAAUUACCAUAUCGAUAAAUCAAAAAGAUAGAAAUAUCAAAUUUAAUUCAAAAUCCUAUUAAUUUCUUGAAAAUCAUGAUACUCAUCUAUAUAUAUUCGUUGAUUAUUUAGCAUUAAUUGUUAAUUAAAAAGGUUAACAUAAUAUUACCAGAAUCAAAAACAAUUGUAAAAUUAAAAAAAAAUUAAAUUUUUGA